AUGUUCGACCUCCCAGACGCAAAACGCGUUCGUCGCGAUGAACUCCUCUCGCGAGAUUCAACUUCACGAUCACCUUCACCCCAGCUGGACUCGUCGUUCCAAGACGUCCAUCAACGGUUGGGCGCGCUCCUCAACCUUGAUGCAUUGAUAGCGCCCGCGGAAUCCACCGCUCCAGCACCCGGACCACAGGAAGACGGCCACCAGCAAGAAGAUGAGGAGCAGGAAUUCGAGUUCCGUUUAUUUAGCGCACCUGCUGCGCCAAAAGCUACAACCAAGGACGAGAAGACGCCUGCAACGGAAGGCGGAGAGAAAGCAGUAAGCGGGGGUACUCAAAAAUUGAGGAUUCGGUUACGCUCGCCGACACCUGGCGCGGUGGAUGGGGAGGGGCGAUUUCUCAAUCCCUUCCGAGGGUGGCAGUAUUACUUUACGACCCCGGAGUUGCUUUCUGGGUCCGGUGCGAAACAGGAUUCGGCUUCGGCUUCGACCAUCAGGAGGAAGCAGUUCGAGGAAGUCGCUGUGACCGGGCAGCAGAUGCUGGGGUGGUCGGAGGUAUCCUGGCCCGGAUGCCAUCUACCAUGGCGGGUGAUACACCUCAAGCGGCAGCAUACCACGUUACCUCCUGCAUCUGCAGAUCCAACUGCAGUCGCGACUAUUUGCGUUACGAACCCUCCGACAAGAGACCCCAAGUCUCGAAAGAAGCCCGGCAAGAAGCGACGUAUCCAGUUGCGGAAGCGAACAAAGGCGGCAGAGGAAGAGAAGCAGAGGGAGGCCGAGAAGCGAAAUCGCAAGAAUCGGGAGAGGAAACUCAAACGGAGACAGAAAGCACGAGAAUUGAAAGCUGCAGCUGCAGCCUCAUCGGGACAAAGUCAAGAUGUCGCCGAAGUGGAGAUGAAAGAUGCUUCUGAUGCGAGCGAUUGA